AUGUAAAAGUCAUUUGCUCUCACUCUCUUACUCUCAGCUCUCUGUGUUCAUCAAUCAUCUGCCAUUGGUGUGACUGGUGUUAUCGAAGUCAUUGCUGGUAUCACCGAUGGUAUCAUUCAAAAGGAUGAUUUAUCUGAAUUCCAAAAAUGCAUCACUGAUGCUGAAUCACUAGAGACUUAUAUUGAUCAAGCUAUCGGAGACUUCGAAGAAGGUGGUUUAGCUGGGUACUCAGAGGCACUUAUGCAAGUUCAGCAACUUAUCAUGGCUCUCCCAUCAAGAGUUCAAACUUGCGAAAGCAUUCACGAAGAUCUCACUAAACUCGGACAAUGGGCAGAAAUCUUCCUUGAGCCAGCAACUUUCAUCAAGACUGUUUCAGAGAAUCUCAUCUUUAACUACUCAACCAUUGGCAAAGAUGUUGAUGUUGCUAUGACUGACUAUAAGACUAAUGACUUCUUCGAUUUCGGUGAAAAGCUAGGUGAAAUCCUUAUUGUUGCCACCAAGCAAUGA